AUGCGCGCCCCUACCGUGCGCCUGCGCCGCUCUCCGGCUCGCCGAAGCGCUUGCGCACCGCCCGCCGCCCGCGAGCCCGGCCGGCGCCUGCGCGGUGGCACCGGCGAGUUGGGGGGAGUCGACCCUAGCAACCACCCCAGCCCUGGGAGCGGACGCCACCCCUCCCCGCAUGCCCGGCCACCACCCCUCAGUCAGGACACCUACCUCCCACAGUGGUGUUAUGGGCUAUGGGUGGUGCUGCGUGGUUCAGGGCUUCUGCCGUUGUUCCCAAAAAGCGGAAUUGGCUGCUUGAGAGAGAAGAGGAAGAUCCCAGGCCAGCUCCAGCUCCAGAAGUCGCAGUACCUGCAACUGGGCCCAAGCCGCGGCCAGUAUUACGGCGGGUCCCUGCCCAAUGUGAACCAGAUUGGAAGUGGCACUGUGGAUCUGCCUUUCCAGCCCAGCGGAUUUCUGGGGGAGGCCUUGGCAGCGACUCCUGUCUCUCUGACACCCUUCCAGUCCUCAGGCCUGGAUACCAGCCGGACCACCCGGCACCAUGGGCUGGUGGACAGAGUGUACCGGGAGCGCGGCCGGCUCGGCUCCCCACACCGCCGGCCUCUGUCGGUGGACAAACACGGACGGCAGGUGGACAGCUGCCCUUAUGGCACCGUGUACCUCUCGCCGCCUGCGGACACCAGCUGGAGAAGGACCAAUUCUGACUCUGCCCUGCACCAGAGCACAAUGACACCCACCCAGCCAGACCCCUUUACGGGCGGGUCCCAGGACGCACACCAGAAAAGAGUCUUACUACUAACAGUCCCAGGAAUGGAGGAGACCACAUCAGAGACGGACAAGAACCUUUCCAAGCAAGCAUGGGACACUAAGAAGACAGGGUCCCGGCCCAAGUCCUGCGAGGUCCCUGGAAUCAACAUCUUUCCAUCCGCCGACCAGGAAAACACUACAGCCCUGAUCCCCGCCACCCACAACACCGGGGGCUCCCUGCCCGACCUGACCAACAUCCACUUCCCCUCCCCGCUCCCUACCCCGCUGGACCCUGAGGAGCCCACCUUCCCCGCUCUCAGCAGCUCCAGCAGCACCGGCAACCUCGCCACCAACCUGACACACCUGGGCAUCGGCACUGGCCAGGGUAUGAACACACCAGGCUCCUCGCCGCAGCACCGACCAGCUGGUGUCAGCCCGCUAUCCCUGAGCUCCGAGGCACAACGGCAGCAGGCCCAGCAGCAGGUGUCGCCUACCCUCUCCCCGCUGUCACCCAUCACUCAGGCCAUGGCCAUGGACGCCCUGUCGCUGGAGCAGCAGCUGCCCUACGCCUUCUUCACCCAGGCGGGCUCGCAGCAGCCACCCCCACCACAGCCCCAGCCCCCACCACCUCCGCCGCCCGCAUCCCAGCAGCAGCCACCCCCACCACCUCCGCAGGUGCCUGUUGGCCUUCCCCUGGGUGGCCCCCUGAUGCCAAGCACCAGCCUGACGCGGGGGCCCCAGCUGCCCCCGCUCUCGGUCACAGUACCGUCCUCUCUCCCCCAGUCCCCCCCAGACAACCCAGGCCAGCCGCCAAUGGGGAUCGACAUCGCCUCGGCCCCAGCUCUGCAGCAGUACCGCACUAGUGCUGGCUCCCCGGCCAACCAGUCUCCCACUUCACCUGUCUCCAAUCAAGGCUUCUCCCCUGGGAGCUCCCCGCAACACUCUUCCACCCUGGGCAGUGUGUUUGGGGACUCGUACUAUGAGCAGCAGAUGGCGGCCAGGCAGGCCAAUGCUCUGUCCCACCAGCUGGAGCAGUUCAACAUGAUGGAGACUGCCAUCAGCUCCAGCAGUCUGUACAGCCCGGGCUCUACACUCAACUACUCACAGGCAGCCAUGAUGGGCCUGACAGGCAGCCACGGGAGCCUGCCAGACGCACAGCAGCUGGGCUACCCCAGCCACAGCAGUAUUCCUAACAUCAUUCUCACAGUGACUGGAGAGUCCCCUCCCAGCCUCUCUAAAGAACUGACCAGCACACUGGCUGGGGUUGGCGAUGUCAGCUUCGACUCCGAUAGCCAGUUCCCCCUGGAUGAACUCAAGAUUGAUCCCCUGACCCUGGACGGACUGCACAUGCUAAACGACCCUGACAUGGUUCUGGCCGACCCGGCCACCGAGGACACCUUCCGGAUGGACCGUCUGUGAGUGAACGUCUGGCACCAUCACCCCGCCGGUCAGUGGCCCCGACGGCAUCUCCCUGAGCCUGGGGACUGCACACUCCGUCCCUGCAAACGGCUGAGCUUGUGAUUCUGAGCUUGCAAUGCCGCCAAGUACCCCCACCUGCCCCCCCAGCUGUCCACCUCUCUCGGGAGGCCGAGCGUUGACCCCUCGGAUCUGCCCUCUGCGCGUGCUCUCUCACCUCCUAACCCGGGCCAUGAGCCAUCUAUCCCUGUAAGAUGCAGAAAGUGUGUUGGGCAGGGCCACCGGCCUGGGGUCACCGGGGUCUGCGACGUGGUGGGCUGACAUUCAUUUCCGACUGUUGUCCAGCUCUCACUGCCUUCCUUCGUCCCCAGUCACCCACCUGCCAGCCCCAGCCCAUGGUUAGGUAGAGAGCCAGCCCCACCCGCCAAAGGGAGAGGGUGCCAGAGAGAGGGGCAGACCCAGCUCGAAAUAAACACUAUUUUGACUGCUGUCUUUUAUAUUCCUGAGCGCACAGAACGCUAGAGCCCUUCCUGUGGGGGCAAAUGCAAAGGUAUAAACGGAGCAGCUAGAUCUUCCCAGCCUCCUCCUGCCUUGCUCACCCCCCACCAGGUCCCUCUGGGGCUGCCAGGGGGCAUUUCUGGGGGUUUUAAAACUUGUUUUCAUCUUUCCUUCUCUGUAUUGUGCUCAUUGUUACUGUUAUUUACAGAUACGUGGGGAGGGGGUGGCCAGGGCAUUUUUGUUGUGUUUUUUGUUUGUUUCUUUUGGUUUGUAUUUACAUUUUGGCUGUAGACGAGGACCUGACUCGUACAAGCCAACGCUUGCCUGAGAGCAUGUUUUUAUUCCAGAAAUCCUAUGUUAUACAUUUUUUAGGCUAACUGGAAGCAGUCCACUGUCUGAGCUGUCUCUGGCCUCUUUAAUUUCACUGCAAGUUAUCUCAAAACAGAAGGGCUGAGCGGCUGCCCGGCUGGCCCAGUGAAAGCCAGCUGUGCCAAGUGGGGACUUUGGCAGAAGCUCAGGUGGUUGGAAGUGCCUCUGCUCCGGCCACGUAACAGACUCCUGGGAAGGAGCCAUUGUUUUUAUUAAGGGUCUCCAGAGAAGACCCGGCUCUGCCAGGCCCUCCUGAAGGUGCCUGCCCAUCCUCAGGGCGGGUGCAUCCCAGACCCUGAGGCUGGCAGCAUCUGUGGCCCCUCUGCUCCCAGAGGCUCCAGAGACGAGGCUGUCUCUCACCCCCCACCCCAAGAACCAGCUGACACCCCUCCAGCCACCUCUUUUGUAGCUCCGCCUGGCAGGGCUGGGUUUGGAGGCAAAGAACAGCGUGUUUUUAGUGGCAGGUUUCCAGGUGCUUCAAGUGCCUCAGGAAGCUGAGUUGACUGCCUCUGUGCCCUUCAGGCCCUGUGAGGGACAGCAGACAGGCUUUAUUUUCUGUUGGCUGCUUUAGUAGGGACCUCUGUUUCAGUCCCUCCCAAGUUGCAUCUCGACUUGCUCCUCCACCUGCCUUCAGGCUGACACUUCUGCCUGGUGCAUUUCUCUGUGGUGUUGCGACCACUCCUCCGCCUGGAUCUUGGGAGCCCUCACCUCUGGGGGAGCCAGAUUUAAUCCCAGCGACCAUCCCUUCUUGCUCCCCAGCUAAGUUGUUAGCACAUGUCUAAGUGGCUGGGUGACCACACAGGUAAGAAGGCCCCCUGUCACUUGUCCCCACCACCAUUUGGGCUGGGGGACAUGGUGUCAGUCCAUCCAGGUCCAGGGCCUGUCCUCUUCCCCACAGUGGAGGCGGGGAUAGCGAUGGGGACAUUUUUGUUUUAAAAGAAAAUCUACAUGUAUAUAGAAGAGUUUGGUUACCAUUAGACUUGUACGUAGAACUUUUUUAAAAAUGGCCUUAAUAAAAUUACAAGCAACCUUCCUGGAUGCAACUUUCAAACAAGGCGUUGGGAACUCAGUGAGGGAACCUUGUCAGCCCACGCUUCCCAUCUGCCUGGUGCCUGUUCUGGGUGCAGACAGGCAGGAGAGGCCCGUAGCCGGGAGCACAAGUGACAUUGUAUUAACACAUGGCCUCGAUCUGUGAGGGGCUUAGGUGCAGAGCUAUUCUGGGAGGGCCCCCUCCACCACCACCACCAGGAGCCAGUGGCCAGGUGUCCCGGUGUCUUCCAAGGGGUUAACCUCACCUGGGACUGGGGAGGCUUAUGGGGUCUGCAACAGGAAACUUUGUUUUUUUCUUAAUAUCACUUCUCUACUAAAUAUUCUUGAGUUGCCAAGACUUUCUGAGGCAAGACAGCCUAAGGGAAUCAGUCCUCUGACUUGUGAAGUGGAAAUACUGUGACUUCAGGCAAGCUGCGCCAUGAGGGGCGGGCCCGGGCCUGCAUCUUGUAUAUACACCCACCACCCGCGUCCUGCUCACGUGCUCGGGGCAAGCUUGGAGGUCAGGCCUGGACACACGGUCCACAUGGGCUCAGAGGCCUGCCGUGCUGUUCCCCCAGCACCCCUAGAGUACUCCCGGCUUUGGCCGAGCCCCCUCAGCUGUGCAAACCUUUCCCUUGGGAACGCGAGCUGCCUCGCCUGUCCCACCUGCCUUGGUUUACCCUCUGCCCUCUAAGUCCCCAGGGCAGUGAGUUUGUUCCCCCAUGUGACUCCUGGGCACGGGGGAUGGAGCCAGGGGUCGGCCCCUCUGUGUCCUCCAGAGAAGAGGGUUGUACCCAGGGCUGACUGGAAAAGGCAGGGUUUUGUUGGGAUCAUGUCCCCUGUCACAGACGCCCAUGCCGACUGCCCCCCUCCUUGCCCUUACGGGGUAAAGACAGGCGGUGCUGCAUCCCCUCCCCUUGACACUGUGGGCAGGAAGGGUCAGUGCCAGUCUCGGGGCAAGGGGGCCCUGGGGCCCUCAGUGGAAAGCUCAGGGGGCAGGUCAACCCCUCAGCAAAAUUUGGAGACCCUAUAGCCAAUGGCCCAAAAGCCAGCCAGGCUCCCCUGUGGGGACAAACCACAGUAGAAAGGGCCUAAUUGUGCUGGGUCCAGCCCCACCCUCGCUGUGGUCCACAGGGCUCCCUGGGACCAGCUGUCCAGGGUAGGGGUGUGCACUUAUGGCCCCUUCCUUAGUGACACCUCACACUCCAGUGUGCAGGUUGUACUUUUCUGCCUCUCUGUGCUGUUAUCUGCUUGUGGAUUUUCAGGGCUGGAAGGAGGGCUCUGAGUGGUCAGUGUGUUUGGCCUGAUUUCCAUCAGCUGAGCUCCCUGGAGGGCUACCAGCAGGGCAGUCACGUGUGAGGCCCAGGUGUCAGAGUGGGUCAGGUGAGGUCAGCUCUGUCAAACACCACAGUGAGACCCUGCAUGGAGGGUCUCAUGUCCAUCCAUCCAUGCGUCCUGCUGAGUGAGGGUGGAUGUCAGAUGUCGGGCCUGUGGCUGGUCAGGUGGGACAGGGCUGGGCUGGGCCUGGGCAGCAGGAUCGCCAACCCCCCCAUGUCUGGUGUCCUGGACCUGAUGAGUGCCCACGAGCGACUGUCACUAGAGGGGUCCCCAGAGCUGAGAUCACAUGGGAACAUGCCCCGUUCCCAGACCACCACCUCUAGGGGACCCUGAGCUGGUUCAUAACCAAACAUCCUUCCAAACCCCCCUCCACUGGACUCUGAGCUAUCUGCAUUUCCAAAGAAUGCACUCCACCCCCGUACAGGCUGGGUGUGUGAGGUCUGGAGGCAUUGAGGGGCUGACAAAGCAGCAGCACCCGUCAUUCUCCCUGGGUUCUGAUGGAGCCAUGGUCAGAGGCUGCCUGGGACCCAGUGUGGGGGCUGGAAGGUCAAGGGGACUAGGCAUCCUGGUCCUGGCCCAUUGUUCCUGCAGGUGGCAUUCCAGGUGAGGGGCUGUGGCUACCUGAGCCCUCCCCACAUGGCCUGCAGAGCCGGGGGGAGGACUCAGUGCCUUGCCCAUCUGGGAUGCCUGUCUGGGGUGAGUGGGCACCUGGUGUGUUUCUGCCCCAGUUCUCCUGUGACUGGGGGAACUUGGGUCAUUCCUCCAGGGGUGCUGGCCAGGUGGGACUUGGGCACCUCUCCUUAUACCCUUGUGCCACAGGCAACUGGUCAUUCCUCAGGAGAGGGAGUGGGGUGACUUGCACCCCCAGGCCUGGGCACUGGGGAACUCCUGAGGGCAUGGGGAAUAGAAAUGAUCCUUGUGAACUGGGCCUCAGUCUUUCUCCUAUCAAUGGCUCAGACCCAUGGGUCUCAGGGCCCCAGGCUGCUCCCAGUCAGGGUGAGGGGCAGGGGCUGGAUGUCAGGGCUGUAGACGGCUCCCUCUGCCUUCCACUCUCCUGGCCAGCCCCCAACACCCCAUACUGAGGAGCCAGGGACAUAUGGCAUAUGCGGGGGCAGGGGUGUUGCUCCCAUAUUGUAGGGUUCUGGAAUUUGGGGGCAAUUGAUGCCCAUCCCAUCCUAACCUGUCAGUCACUUCUGACCUCUUGCCCACUGGGGACAAGGGGACAGUGCUGUGGCCUUUGCCACCAGGAGGGCUUUGGCAGCUGAGGUCCAUUGGCCCCGCCGUACCCUCCCCAGGAAACUGCCCCCCCAGGGGCUGGGUGGCAUCACUAAUAUAUGCAAACCUAUGAGUUGGAGCCCUCCCCUGCCUGUGUCCCUCUGUCCCCAGGCUGGCUCUGCCCCCCCAGCAUGUACACUCAGCUGUGGAUGUCCUGUGGGCCGUGUGUGUGGACGCCUGCAUCGGGCGGGGGCAGGCGGCUCAGGGUGCACUUGGCCGGCCCCUGCCCGUCCUCUGGCGUGGACGCUUUUGUCUUUGUACCUUUGCAUCCUUUGUAAUGAAACCUAAUAAAAAUCCAAUGUUUUCGUCUC